UCAGGUCUCAAAGGUCACUUUCCCUAAUGCAGUAUGCCAUAUAAUACUGGCACUGCAUUUCAUUUGAUCUCAAAAGUCAAAAAGCAAAAGAUAAUUAACUGAUAAUCUUGCAAAUAUACUUCAGGAUUCUUCUGCUGAGAGUCAGCAAUUGCUGUUGAGUGCAGAGUUAUAUGGUCAGUAUGUGUCAUUAGCGCUAAGGAGUGAAGCUGUGGAUAUAGGCAACAUGACGGAGAUCACACUUGAGAGACAAAACAUUGUGCUAGCUGCAAUUGAAGUUGACACCACUAGCUAGUUUAGAUCACAUUACCUUUCCUAAAGUUGUCGAAGUCAGUGAAGAAACAGGCUCAGCCCAAACUGUGAUACCAGCUGCUCUUCUUAUGGAGAGAGGGGCUUUAGGUAUUCCAUAAACUUUGGUGGUAACCAAAAUCUGUUUAUCCAUGUCUGUCUCAUGCAAUUUUCAGAGGGGAAUGUUACAGCAGUCAACAUUCUAUUUUCCAACUUGGAGGAUUUUCUUCCAAAAACCAAUCUUGAAAUGUAUUAUCGACAGUACUAAGUCAUGUUCUGCUCAGUACGUCUCAUAAUUAUGUUUAUACAGGAACAUAACCAGACCUGUAUCACAGGUUAUUUCUAGUCCAGUGUAAAGUUAACUAACUCUGAGGCACAGGCAACCUUCAGAUUGACCACCCAAAAGUUCUCUGAGGAUGAAGUAGCCGAAAAUGCAAAAUGUGUAUUUGGAGUGUUUCUAGUGAUGCGGCCAACAGCUAGCAGGUGGUCCACGGAAGGUGUGAUUACAGUCAGUGUGGAUGAAGACAAGCAAAUGAGAUUGUAUGAUAUUGUCUGUUAGAGCAGUCAUUUCACAGCAUUUGCUGUUCUAAUGGAUGUCACUGGAGCACUGAAUGACACAACUCCAGAGAUCAGGUUUGCUCUAUCCGUGGUGACUUAUGUUGGUUGUUCCAUAUCCAUCUUCUUUCUUCUGUUGUCUAUCCUCUAUUUCUUGACAUUGAGAAAAGAGCUGUUGACCAAGGUUCAUAACUUCAUUCAUCUCAACCUGUCUAUUUCUUUGCUCCUUGGCUACGUGGUGUUCUUGUCAGGAGUAGAAACAGCUGUGGCCAACGACGACGAGGGAGCGUGUGUGUUUGUGGCUGCUCUCCUUCACUACCUGUUCACUAAUGUGUUCUUUUGGAUGCUGUGUGAGGGAAUUAUGCUCUAUCUGAUGUAAUUGGUGAUUGUCUUCAACUGAAUAUCCAAGAAAUGGUAGAUAUUCUUUAUUAUUGGAUGGGGUAAUUAAAGAUAUCUUGUUUCUGUUAGCACGAUCGAUGCAUAUAAUUAUUAUACUAUGUACAUGAAUGCAUAAUUAUAAAGAGUAAUAAUGUGCAUGAGCUAGCAACCACUUUCACUUGGCAUAAUUAUAAUUAUAUAAUUAUACUCACAUGCAUGUCAUACCGUAG